AUGAUGGAUCGCAAGGAGCAUGCUCAGAGACGGAGAUUGUUUGCUCGUGGCUUCAGCAAGACCAAUAUCAAGCACAAUUGGGAAGGCGUCAUGAGAGAGAAGAUUCAGCUUGCAGUUGCCAAGAUUGCAGAAGAGGGCAAAGCUGGCGAGCCCGUCGAUAUCAUGAAGUUGUGCACACUCAUGUCGAGCGACAUCUCCAGCCAUCUGCUGUUUGGAGAGUCUUUUCGCACGCUGGAGAAGGGCGAAGUCAACGAGUAUAUUCGUGUUCUGACGAAUGCCCUGAAAGGCAACGGCAUUGGCGCAGAGCUUCCGUGGUUGAGAGCGACAGGAAAGUGGCUGCCAUUCCAAACAACGAGGGAGCUGUGGAGGACCAAUGACUUGCUGGCAGACCAUGCGAGCAUCGCGGCAGAGAAAGGAGAGGCCUUGACCGAUGGGGAUGUUGUAUGCGAGAUAAUCUCAUUUUUCGUCGCUGGGACCGACACUACUGCUGUAUCGCUGACGUAUCUGAUUUGGGCUGUACUCAAAGAACCAACGUUGCGGGACGCCAUUGAAGAGGAGGUCGCACAGCUAGACGCAGACUACUCUGAUGCCGAUAUCGAAAGCAAAUGCCCACUCCUGAAUGCGGCCAUAGAGGAGUCAUUACGACUGUGUGGUGCAGCCCCAGGAGCUUUGCCACGAGUAGUCCCCGCCGGAGGCAUUGACCUAGGAGGAUUCUUCCUGCCGCAGAACAGCAUCGUGAGCACACAAGCAUACAGCAUGCAUCGAGAUCCGGAGCUUUUCGAACCGCCACUUGAGUUUCUGCCCGAGCGUUGGCUGGCUGAGAGCAAGAAUCGAGUUUCCGAUGCUGGGAGAGCUGCAAUGACGCCUUUCGGUGCUGGGUCACGCACCUGUCUUGGAAUGCAUAUCGCGUACAUGGAUCUGAGACCUGCUGCCGCGGAGUUCUUCCGAAGGUGUCCUGGGAGUCAGCGUGCGCCAUCGACAACUGAGGAGAGUAUGGAGCUGGAGAACUUCUUCUUGAUUGCACCGAGAGCACAUCGUUGUGAGAUUAUGCUUGGAGCUGAAGGAUUACGCUGA